AUGGAGCAUCAAGAGCAACAACAGGAAGCGCAACAACCGCAGCCACAACAAAACAAUGAGGCUAGCGUCACUACCACCAUGCCCGAAAGACCGGCUCAGGAGCCCGCCACUGCUCCGGUUGAGCAACAACCCAUUCAGGACAAUGGUACAGCACAGCUUCAUCAACUGCCAGUGGAUAGCAGCAACAACAACAACAUGAUGCCCCUGCCAGAUCAACAGCAGACCGACCCCAAUGGAUUGGGCAUGGGACUUGGAAUGGGUCAAUUUGAUCCAAAUGGCUUCAUCCUACCCCCGCAAGACUUGAAUUUUGCCGCAGGCGCCAAUGGCAUGGCUUUCGCCGACCCGACACUCAUGAUGAUGGCAGCUGGUCAGCAGAUGGGUCUGGCCAACAUGCCGCCUCCGGACAUGAAUGGUCAUGGCAAUGAAAACGGCAUUACUGCUGAUGAGAUUGCGCUCUAUGAUCGGCAAAUCCGUCUCUGGGGCAUGAAAGCGCAACAGAAAAUUCGAAGCGCCAAUAUUCUCCUCAUCACGUUAAAGGCCCUCGCCAGCGAGAUUGCCAAGAACCUAGUACUAGCAGGUAUCGGUUCUCUUACCAUUGUCGACGAUGAUGUUGUGAGCGAAUCUGAUCUGGGCGCCGGCUUCUGUCUUUCGCAAGAGCAUCUGGGACAGAACAGAGCCCAGGCCGCGGGUGAGAAUCUGAGAAAGCUCAACCCUCGCGUCAAUGUGUUUGCAGAUCCCAAUGGCAUCAUGACCAAGGGCGCAUCGUACUUUUCCGCAUUCGACAUUGUCAUUGCCACUGACCUGAAUCCAACAACCUUGGCCUUCAUAAAUACGGCCACGCGCCUCUACAAUCGCCAAUUCUACGCAGCAGCCUCUCAUGGCUUCUACGGUUACAUCUUUUGCGACUUGAUUGAGCACGACUAUGUGUUACAGCGCGACAAGAGCAAUGUGGACACCAAGGUGGGCGAGGAGACCCGGACCCGCAGCGUCAUUGACGUCAAGACGAAGCAAGAGGGCGAAAAGAAGAUUGAGGUAGUCACAAAGCGCGAGCUAUACUCGACCUGGGAUCUUGCUUCAGAAACAAGUCUGCUUCCCAAAGACUACAGAAACUCGAAGCGACGACUUAAAACUGUCACUCCCGCCCUGUCAUGUUUCCGAGCCCUGUGGAGAUUCCAGGCCGACCAGAACCGCAAUCCUGGCCCGAAUCGAUCAGAUCUUGAGACUUUUACCAAGAACGCCACCGCUAAUCACCAGUUGUUGGGCCUACCUACCGAGACACUAAAGUCCGAGUUCUUGCGAAGCUUCCUGCAGAACAUUGGCAGUGAGAUUGCGCCAGUCACGGCCAUUCUCGGUGGGCAACUCGCCCAAGAUGUUAUUAACGUUCUUGGCGCCAACCAGCCUCCGAUCCAAAACAUGGUUAUCUUCGAUGGCAACAAGAUGCAAGCGGACAUGUACCCACUUCAUCCUGAACCUGCAGGCGGCAUGCGCUUGGGGCGUGCUCAACUGGACAUGUCCAUGCCACCCUUGCCCGCUGUCGACUUUGGCUCGAUACCUCAGCAGACCCAGAUGAGCAUGGCAACUGGUGAACAACAAUUUCCCAAUCCUGCAAUGUAG